UAUUGUUUUGUAGACAAGUAUGCAAUUAUUUUUUAUCUCCCUAGUUAACACAGAAAAAUAAUCAAAAAUAGAUAUUAAAAUGCUCAAUUUAAUCGAGAAUCGAUUAUUAUAUUAUAGAUAUUAUGUAAUAAACAAUGUUGAAUAAAAAUCAUUCUAUUCUAUAAAAAUAUCACAAUAUCGAAAAAGCAGCAAUUUAUUACAAAUUUCCAAACAUUGCAUGUGGGUAAUUUUUUUCCAGAAUAAGCAUUUUGUAGGUUGGCUAACUAAGGACUCUCUUUUUACUCUUUGACUUUAUGAUUAGUUAGGUACAAAUGUUAUUGACUCUGCAUCGUUAUUUGCUAUGAUUAUGUAAUGUUUUCAGGAUGGGAUGUCACAACUGAACAUAAUUAUUGUAAAGUGCAAGAUGACGAUGAUUUCACAGAAGCUGUGGUAGUGAUUAGAAAGCCUGGAAGUGAUGUUACGAUUGAACACAAUUACUGCAAAGAGCAAAAUGAUUGUUCCAAAUCAUCGGUAGAGAUUGGAUCAUCAGAUGUUGGAAAUUCUCAUGAACAGCCUUCAUGUUCAAAUUUUUCAACUGUUGCAACAGUUGUAGAAAAUAAAGAUACAUUCCUGGAGCAACCUCCAAGUGCAAGUACCAAAGGCAUGGAGAUAGAUGUUCUCGAAGAACUCGUAGGAAUUGAUUCUAAUGUUAAUGUGGUGAAUCAAAUGUUGCCAAAAGGUAGCACAUGUACAAAAAAGCAAAAAGGUUCGGUGAAGAAAAUAGUAUCAAGGAAAAGAAAAUUGGUUAAAAUUUUGACUAAUAUUGCAACUGAAACUUUAAGUGACUCAGUAUCACAAAGACUUGAUCAAGCCCAAUCCCUAUCAAGAAAUAAAGACCUUUUGGAAAACUUUUAUUUGUUAAACAAACAAGCGCAGACUUUCUUGUUUAUGCAAUUAAAACAAAUUCAUAAAAGCAAAAUGGCCAGAAGGUUUACCUUAGAUGAAAAAUUAAUGGCGUUGCUCAUAAUGAAACAAAGCCCCAAAAGUUAUAAACUAUUAGAAAAAAUGUUUGCCUUGCCUAGUAAACGGACAUUAAAUAGACUUUCUGAGAAGGUUUCAAUACAACCAGGACUCAAUCCAUUAAUAUUUGAACAUAUAUCAAAUACAACCAAAAAAUGGGACACUAAACAAAAGCUAUGUACAAUCGUUUUUGACGAAGUCUCUCUAACACCACAUUUAACUUUUAAUGAAAAAGAUGAUAUAAUUAAUGGGUUUGUAGAUAUAGCUGGAGAGAGAAAACUGAAAUAUUGUGAUCAUGCUUUAGUUUUUAUGCUAAGAGGAAUAUGCUCUCCAUGGAGACAGAGUGUAGCAUUUUAUUUCUGUGAAGGCACAGUAUCAGCAGCAGAGCUGCAAUGCAUUUUAAAACAGAUUGUGCCCCAAGUGAUACGAACUGGGUUAAUACCUUUAGGUCUUGUUUGUGACCAAGGGUCCACAUUUCGAACAGCAAUAAGAAGACUUAGGGAAGAUACAAUUCGUAGGCGGAAUAUUCAAGGUGUUCAUGAUGAUGGAUCGGUUAAUAUUGCUGAUCACGAUUUAAGCAUAUUUUUUGACCCACCUCAUCUCUUAAAGGGUUUAAGGAAUAAUUUUUUAAAUAAAGAUAUAAUUUGGGAAGAAAAAACUGCCUCUUGGAAAGAUAUUGAGUUCAUUUUUGAUUUGGAUAGCAAAUUGGGGCACACAAGGGCACUACCAAAGUUAACGGCUCAUCAUGUUGAUCGCCAAAAGAUCAAAAAAAUGAAGGUCAGCGUAGCUGCUCAAGUAUUUAGUGCUCGAACUGCUGCUAUGCUCAAAUAUACAAAUGCACUCAAUUAUUUUCAUACUGCAAACUCUGACGCAACAAUGGCCACAACAGCAGAAGUUGUUGAAUUCUUCGACACACUGUUUGACAGCGUCAAUGGCUACCCGGGUGGUGUGCAAAGAGGAAAGUUAAGACGAGCGGUUAAACAAAAUUCACAACAUCACACUUUUUGGAUUGAGGCCAUUAAUAAAAUUAAAAAAAUGGUGUUUGUAGACACCAGUAGCAAACAUGCUACAAAAGCAGGAAAACCUCGACUUGUGCGAGUGCCAUCCCUACAAGGAUGGAUUACAACUCUUGAAAGUUUUAUAAGGGUCUCCAAAUUGUUAUUUGAACAGUAUAAUGUAGAAUAUUAUUAUCCGAGGAAUAUUAAUCAAGACCCAUUAGAAAAUUUUUUUGGCCGUAUAAGAGCUAUAAAUUAUAGAAAUGUUAACCCAGAUGCAAACACAUUUAUAUAUGCCUUUAAAUCUUUGAUGUUAUCUAACAUGCUUAGUCCACAUUCCAAAUUCUCUAACUGUGAAGAGGAUAAUGGAGAAACAUUAUUAAAUGUUAGUCUUCUUUUUAAAAACCUUCAUAAUAAUAAAGAAAAUGACUCGGAAAACACUGUCAGUAUUUCGCGAGAUCUCCCAUCUUCUUCACAAGCAAGUUCAAGAGAAAAGUUGCUGGUGAAUGAUGUAGUCAUGGAAAAAAUCAAAGUCCACUGCUCAGCUUACACUGCUGGAUACAUUUGUCGGAAAAUAACGAGAGCGAUUCGUUGUAAGGAUUGCAUCAAAACAUAUAUUAGCAGUACGGAGACAAACAUUCACUCUUACAUUAAAUUUAGAGAGUAUAAAUUGUUAAAAAAUAAUAAUUUGGCAUACCCUAACGAAAAAUUCCUUAUCUUGUACAGGGAUGGUACUCACUUUAUUCAUAACUAUUUGAAUUAUAGCUGUAUUGGAAGUAAUAUAAAAAGUAAUUUGAAAAGAAAAAUAUUGAGCACUUUGAGUUUUUCCUGCCUAGGGUGUGAUAAGCAUGCCUUAAUUGUAAAAAACUUUUUCACCAAUAUUUUAAUUAGAUUACAUGGACACAAUUGGUGCAACAUAAACAAUAAAAUAUUGAAGGGUGAUAUUGAUGAAAAAUAUGUAUCUAAAAUGGGUGAACCCCAAAAAUUGGCCUUAAAGAAGUAUAAAAGUCUUAGGUUAAGAAAAAAAUGUUUAAGUAAAUAAAAUGUUGAUGAAGUGACGACCUGGAUAUGCAGGUGGCUUAGGACCGUGCUUUGUGACAUUUCUUGGGGGAGGCCUACGUUUAGCAGUGGACUUGUGAAGCGCUGUAAUGAUGACGGUGGUUAAAUAGAAUGUUCGGAUUCCUGAAACGUAAACUCUGUUUCAGGUCCCCGCAAACCAAGUAUAUAACGAGGCGAUAUUGCGAAUAGCUAUGUUGUGUGUGCCGGACAGGUACGUGUGGUGCCGGAAGCGGCCCCCACCAUUCGAGACACCGCGCGCACGUACCUUCCAAACGAGGCCCACUGACCCGAGUGCUGCACACUAAAUAAAGUAGCUCAGGAUGUAGAUUUAUUCUGCUAUUCCUUGGGUGAAUUUACCUAAGUGACAUUAUAUUAUGUAUUAUGUUAUAAUAGUAGAUAAGUUGUGUUCUGUCCUUAUUAAAUUAGAUAGUUUUAUAUGCCUACACUGUCGUAUUAGGUACGCCUGUAAAGACAGAGGUAGAAAUAAAUAAAUAAAGUUACUCCCUAAAAAUCUCUGGUCUGUAGCAACCUAGAAUAUGCUUCUAUAGCGCGGAGUCGAUUUUAUGCUACAUUACGCUAUUAGCAUCUUGAGCAUACUUGUUAUUUUUAAUGUUGAUGUCGAUAUUUGUUUAUUUUUCAGAUGCUUAUCACGGAACAACCUCCAAGUGAAAGUACCAACACCAAGGAGAUAAAUGUUCUUUUUAAAAGUAAUUUAUGUUACCAUAUAACUUAGUUAUAUGAUAAUAUAGAUUACUUUUUAAUUACGAUUAUACUAAACUGUCGUUAACAGUAGCCAUACAGAGUUAAUACAUACAAUAUAGAUGUAUACAUUAUAUAUUUAUUCUUUAAUUUUGGGUUUAUGUAUAAGAGCAUAAAAUUCACAAAUAUUGUUUGUUUUCAGGAAUAGAAAUCUGAUGUGAAAAGCUGAUGUGGUGAGACAAAUGUUGCCAGAAGAUACAAAAUGUACACAUUGGCAAAAUGGUUACGUGGUGAAGAAAAUGAAAUAAAAGAAGAGAUGUUAAAAUUUUAAAAAAAGGUUGUAACUUGUGUGCAAAAAAAAGGGUGAACAAUCCUCACAAAGACUUGCUUAAUGUCCAAUCUAUUUUAAAACUGUAGAGAACUAUUUGAAAACCUUUAUUUUAUGUUAAACAAAUAACUUUCUUAUUAAUACAAUUAAAAUAAUUUUGUAAAAAAAAUGGCCAGGCCAAAAAAGUAACUUGAAAAGUAAAAUAUUAAGCACUUAAAUAUGAUUCAUGUGGUUUAAUUUGCUUUAUUUAAUGAACUAUAAAUAUUGCUCUGUUUCUCGUCAAAUUGUACUUAUUUAUGCACAAUGUUAUGUACGAUUUUCUAAUUUGUUUAUAUAACUUAAUGUGCCUUUAAUUUAAUCCUAAAAUUACGUAUGUAUAUGAUGUAGGUGUGCUUGAAUAAAAAAUAAAUGUUAAUGUAU